AUGUCUCGACCUGGUCCAUCACCUCCUCCUGCUCUAACACCUAUCGCAUCCACAUCUACUGCUCAUCCCACUUUUUCUUCCAACUACACCAGGGUGCGUCAUCGGUAUGAAAAGGAACCUAUGAGUUCGUCUCCCCAGGAAAGAUAUCCACCUUCGACCAUGAGACCUAGAAGACGGAAGAGACGUGAAGGAGAAAAGUCCCGUAGAAGGCUGAGAUGGAGAAAGGGGAUAGUGACCGAAGCAUUCAGAAAAUUCGGAGAGCAUUGUGCUAGGAAUCAGAUACGAACACUGCUCAUUGACUGUCUGGUCAUGACUAACCUGUUUUAUCCCUCAAUGGCACUUUACCUGCAAAAGAAAUUCCCGCCUCUACAUCCACCUUCACCAGAUGCCCAUAAUACUCACCGAAUUCCUUUGCAGAACGAAGCUGGACCCUCUACAUAUCGUCAAAACCCAAAAGAACAUCCAUUAUCGCUGCUCAGUACACCCGUACUAGAUAGUUUCUUUCCUUAUCCUCCACCUUUAUUACCCAGACUGACAUGGUCAGGCUGGUGGGAGAAGGAUACAAGUGAGGAGUAUCAAGGAUGGGGCUUGAGACGUCUAUUACCCCAAAAUGCGGAAGACCAAGUACUGAACGACGAGGAAAUCAGAAUCAUGAGGGUCGGGUGGGCAGAUGUUGAGGAUGUUCUUGAUAGAGAUGUAGAAGCGGGCGAAAGAUCAUGGGAAGAAAGGGAUCACAUAUUACUUAGGCUAGUCAGGGAUAUGGCGGAGGAAUGGGAGACUCAAUAUCAGUCCACUGGAGAGAGGUGCAUAAGGCAAAUGGCUCACACGGAUUACCAUGAUGCGAACCCUGCUGGUGCUUGUUAUAUCCUAUCACCGAAACAGAAUCCACCGACUCCUGAAGUGUCCCAGAUUCCUAUGUCAGACUUGGUUCGUCAGCACCCACCACUACCACACAAUUCAACUACCGAUGACAUCCCUUUCGGUUGGGCGGCAAAUGCUGGAAAUAUAUAUCACAGCUUCGCACUGCUGUUUCGUGUACCUAGUAAUUCGACCACCUCCUUCCAGCGUAGAUGGCAGAAGAGUAUCACAGAGAUGGCAAAGAAGGUUGAAGGAGAAGUAUUCGUUGAAGCUCAAGGAUCGAGGGUGACAGGAGCAGAUCAAACUGGACAAUGGUUUCUUUCUUAUACGUCUCACCCGGCGCAAGAUUCAGAUCAGAACACCUCACAGGAACUUCAUGUCGCCCAUCAACCUGAAACGAUUUCUGCCUCGCCACCAAAAAUAGUCCUGUUCUUCUACGUUAUAUUGUUCACCACACUCAUGGUCCAAUUAUCGAACGCAUCAAAGGUGCACUCUCGGUUCGGUCUUGCUUUCACUGGUGUGGUCCAAUUAUGUUGUUCAUCGGUCAUGAGUUUUAGUAUUCUAGCGCUUUUAGGAUGGAAUGGGUGGGGAUCAUCGGGGAGAUCAAGUAGUUUACCUACUUAUGUACUACCUUUUGUCAUCGUCGUUGUUGGAGCGGAAAAUAUGUCGACAUUGACCAAAGCAAUCUUUUCCAUUCCGUUCACCCACUCUGUGCCAGUCAGAAUCGGUCUGGGUUUAUCCAAAGUUGGCACGACCAUCGCUCUUACCUCUUUGACAGACUUACUUGUAUUGGGAAUUGUAUGGCUUUGUGUCAACUUGCGACCGGUCAGAGAGUUUUGCCUCUUCGCAGCUGUGGUCAUCAUCACAGACUGGUUCAUGCUCCACACCUUCUUCUUGACCGUUUUGUCAAUUGAUGCUCAAAGAUUGGAGCUCGCCGACGUUCUUGCAUCAAAUGGUGGACCACCCAUUUCGCCUGUACAUCAAGAAGCGGAUGGGGACGAGACGGGAGAUGGGAGACAAAGUGGGUUCAAUUGGCGUAAGCUCCUACGAGCAAGAACAACGAAAUCGGGGAGUCUUAUCUUGUUGUUGAUUACUGUUGGACUAUUGUAUUGGCUUACUGAGCGUCAUCGAAUCCCCCUGAAUACCACUGCAGGUCUGUAUGGGUAUACACCUACCACUGGAGCCAAGACUAUGUCUUCUCAAGGAAUUUUACCGACUCCUUUCUCGACCAAACUUUCUGAUUUGGCAAAUUUAUCUUCGGCUGAAAGGCUUUGGCGUUCACUCAACCCACUCGGAUGGGCAUACAUCAGGAUAUUCAUACCUCCAGCGUCAAUUCUUGUUUUACCCAAAUUAGGUCAUUCAAUGCGCCCAGUUGAUAUUCGAAAACUAUCGUUACCUACUUCUAGACUUCUACUUCCUCGACUCAGACCUUUGUUCUACUUGUUCAAAGUCGUCGUUCUUCCUCAAGCAGUAACAGCUGGGACGCUAUAUAUCGUAGUUUCAUACCUACUCAAAGAUGCUGAUUUACUUGAUGCCCAAAGAGAUAGAUUAGGAAGAGUUGAUGAAAAGCAAGGAAACAAAACGGAUAUAUCUCCUAAUCAAACUCCCAAAAAUUCCUUGGUCAACAGGUUGAAAGUCCAUAUGUUGCCUUGCAGUCACGAAUCUGAUAUAGACUUGAUAUCCGCUUCUUCAGAUGGAUCGAUGGCAAUUUCAGUUGGAGUAGAUAAUAUAAUAUGUCUUUGGAGAUUCGAUGAUCUAUCAUCAGGAAGCGGAACUAGAGAAAAUAUAUCUAUACCUAUCGCAAAUCUAGAUCCUGAAGAUCCUAUCGUGGCAUCUGCUUUAAGCGAAGAUAACGAAUACAUCAGUGUUUGUACGAAAAAUGGUACUGUGCAUAUUUGGCAAAUACAAGAAGAAGGACCUGUCGUUUCUCUAAGCUCAAGGCAAGUAAAUGGGAAGACGCAAGCGAAAGCGAGGAUCACCAAAAUCAUAUUCGAUGAUACGAACAAAUCAGGCGCAGAAGAUCCAUUCACAAUCGCAUCGUCCAAAGCAACAGCCAAAAACGUGUCAACCGUUCCCUUUGUUCUUGUAGCUUUCACGGAUGGUUCCGUCUUCUCUGUUGGUCCAGAUUCAAACGCUUCAUUGAUCAUCGAAUCUCAAAAUCCAGACAGAGUAUGCCGAAUAGCCUUCAUUCGUUCAGAAGGCAUGCUCGAUAUUCUAGUAACAUCUUCCGAAUUAAGUCGAGUCUAUCGACAAGCCUCCUCUGGCUGGCUUGCCACUUCUAUAUCAGAGAAUCCAGAGGAUCGAACAACAUCCGUGUCAAUGCCCAACUCGUCUUUACCUGGAUUAUGGGCUGUAGGAUAUCGAUCCGGAUCAAUCGAUCUAAUAGAUGAACUCAUUGGUCAUUUAGUCUCCAUCUCUCCCAAUUCUUCUUCAGAGGGUAUCAACAAAGUUCAACUGUGUCGUCCAAGCACGAUGAGAUGUACAGGAUGUAAUGCUGUCACCUCAGAUGGAUACCUGGUAAUCUCCUCGACAACCUCACAUGUUUAUCUGGAUCGGAUAUCACCUAGAACAACUACUGUCUUUUGUAGAUGUUCAAGACCUCGAACAUCGUUAGAUGAAAUUACAACGCCAUUCAAAUCAACAUCAUCAUCCAAUCCAGCAAAUCUUGUGGUUCCACCUUCAAUGAUCAAACGAAGAUAUUCGCCCGGAACGUCACCCAAAAAAUCACCCAGUCUACUUCCACCUUCCAAUGGUGACUUUCCAUUAUCAAGUCAUGGUGGUGCGAGGAGAUUAUCAAAUCUACAUACGGCCAACGCCAGUAAUAAUAACAAUAGUACACGUGGUGGGAUAGAUGAGAACAUAUCGAAUAGCACCAAUUCCAUCUCUCCUUCAACGACUAAUUCACCUUCUGGGGAAUAUGAAAUAUACUCUCUAGGAGCGAUAUCAACUUUUGAAGAAGGUGAUUGGGAAGUUUUGAUAGAUGACUCCAAUACCAUUGCAGAACCAAUUCUUGUUGGAUUGAGAAAAGAAAAUCAAGGUAUAAUAGAUGAUUCACAAUGGUCGAUAUUCACAAUCAAUCUAUCAAAUCCAUGGAAUGGAAAUACCUUGAAUGUCGGUUCGAUGAACUUGAAUGACUUAUCAAAUAAAUCACUUAAAGAAACGAGAUUAUCGGAAUUGAAUUCUGGGAACUAUGACGAUUAUUCACUCUCAAUCAAUGACAGGAGGAUGGAAAGAUUGAACAGUUUAAAUGGACGAGCUAAAUUUCCAGAAGUCAACUUUCCCGAAAGAAAUGGUUCUGCUUCCUUUUCAGUGCCAACUUUUGAUGUUCUUGGUUAUGUUCAAUUCAAUCAAUUACAAUCUAUAAGGUCAAAUGGUAUCAUAGCUGGUUUUGGUAAUAGAUUAGGUAUAAUCCAGAUCAAUCCAAACGAUCAACAAGUAAAAGGAGACAGGUCGGCGAAGAAAGGAAAUAGGAUUACUCCAACCAUGAAUAGUACGAACGGGGUUAUCGGAAUGGGAUUGGGAAUGGGAACUCCUACGCCCAGAAGAUCAAAUUCAUUCCCAUUAGCUCCCCCACCGUCUAAUUCGUCAAUGAGAACUGCAGCUGGUAAUGUCAAUGUCAAUGCCAAUGCCAAUAAAAAAUUGGAUUGA